AUGCGUAAAGGCGACGAGGAAGAUUACUGUCGUGUUGAACCCGAUGGUACACGGCCGCACAAUUACUUAAUCUAUUCUACUAAUGAUGACAAAAACAUGAAGACUCUCUUCGGACAGUUGCAUUGGGAAACCUGUAGUUACAAUAACUAUCGCUACACGAUAAUUAUCGGUCAGAAACUGUAUCAAGUUCGAAGUUGUGAUUUGAAAGAUCGUCGCCUAGCAAUCGUCGAUGCUAUUCAUAGAAAUAAAUAUUCCACAACUGAUUAUCCCGAAUUGCUAUAUCAAGUGAUCGAUUCAUUUUCCAAAUCAAAUAAAAAAUAUCAUGUAAAUAUCCAUGACAAAGAAUGGCCUUUGGGUUAUUUAGCUAUUACAGUUCUACUCGAUCUUCAUGAAUGCAAACGGAGUAUUGACUAA